UGUGUGUAUAUGUGCUUCACAUCACCACGUAGGCAGGAGGGGCCUGCUGGGCUUUGAGUCACUAGGAUCUUCUGGUGAGAACCUAGGUGGGGCAGCCCCCGCUCCAGCACCCCCAGCGGGCCUCAUGUGGAUGCUGGCACUAGGUGGGAUCUUCCUGGCAGCCGCCCAGGCCUGUGUCUUCUGCCGCUUCCCAGACCAUGACUUGUCGGGCCGCCUGGCUCAGCUUUGCAGCCAGAUGGAGGCCCAGUGGAAGGACUGUGAGGUCUCCUGGAACUUCUCGGCCUUUGCCUUAGAUGAUGCAUCCUUGAAAAAAGUCACAGAGAAGACUCACAGAGUCCUGAGGGUCAUAGAGAUCAAAGGGUCUCUCUCCUCACUCCUUUCAUAUUGGAAAUGGCUUCAAAAGACCAAGCUCCCAGAAUACAACAGGGAAGCUCUCUGCGCUCCCGCCUGCCGGGGCAGCACCAUCCUGUACAACUGCUCCACCUGCCAGGGCUUCGAGGUGUACUGCUGGCCCCGAAAGCGCUGCUUCCCAGGAAGUCACGAUCUUUGGGAAGCCAGGAUUCUGCUGCUCUUUGUCUCCGGAGCUGUCCUGCUCCUGGGUAUUCUGAGCCUCGCGGUGGAGUACAGCCACCUCCAAGCAAAAAGUGACUUGUGAAGAUGAGGACCGAUCUUAGCCUCCAGUUCUAAGGAGCAUGUGCCCACAACUUCCACUUCUCUCGUGGGGCGGGGUGGGGGGGGGAGGGCGGGCAGCUAGACCCUUAGUUCCAGCCCCAACGGUUCAGUCUUCCAGACCCUGAUACCCAGACAUCCCCACAAUCCCAGCGUCAGAUGGCUUCCAGGGACCCAGGCAUCCAGCUGUGGGUCCUCCCCUCCAGUCCUCAACCAAUCAGACAGGGGCAGUCACCGUGCCAGGAAAAUAUCUACAGAAGGAAAGAAUCCCCUCCAUACACACCUCCACUCCCACACCCCCUUCUGCCUGUUCCCGGAAAGCUCCUCUUGGCCCUCCUGUGACUGAUUGGGAAUCCGGGAAUGAGUGUUCUGGAAAAAUCCCUCCCCCUAGAGUGAGACCACAUCAGUCAGCCUGCUGGCAUGCUACCCUUCCAUUUAACACUGGAAGGCUCCCACAGAGGCCCUCCUGCCAGGCCCAACUAAACCUGCUGUCAAAUGGC